UUGUUUUAACAUAAAAUUAAAUUUGCAUCAUUACAUAUCAUUACAUAGUAAUCAUUGGUUUUUUAUGGCCAAGGAAUUUACAUACUCACAUAGACACACACAUACACACUUUAAACCUAAAAGUUAUAACAGUUCCCAACUAGUUUAAGCCACUAAAGGAAUGGAAUGUUAAGAUGCCAUGACGAUCCGAAUCAGGAGAAAAUAAACAAUCGGACAAAUGGAAAGAAUGAUCGAUGAUAUAGGAUUCAUUAAUGAUCCGUCUAAAACUAAUUAUUACAUCAAAAACAACUUGUGUUACACCGAGGAUGACAUUCUAGUCCAGGAGUUAUAUCUGCACAACAUACCAGCAGAGCUAAAGGAACAUGAGUUGCUUCACCAUUUCAAUAGUUAUGGGAAUGUGGUUCGUCUGGAACUGUUUGACAAGGUCAAAAGAAGACCUUUCUACAACACAAGCCUGAAAAAACGCAGUGGCAAGCUACUCCUAAGAACAGGAUGUGUUCUUUUUGCUAAUCCACUUGAUGCAGCCAAAGUAUUGCUAAGUCGGGUUCACCAUGUAAAUGAGCAUCGAUUCCAUGUCAAGGCCAGUGACAGUUGGCUUCAACCAGAGGCUUAUGGGCCACCCAAUGGAGAGAAAGAACAGUCGCUUAUAAGAGAGAUUCCUGAUGAUUGCUUGAUCCGAAUUCUAGAAUUUCUGCCGCUAAUCGAUCAGUUGCACUUCCUACGUUAUUGCACUCCUUUUCGAGACGUACACCAAUUGGAUACGCGCACUUUGCAAAAGACGGUCGACUUUAAAAUAUUUAACUCAUUGACCAUCUGGGAUAUACGCGACUAUUUCUUCAUAUUUGGCCGAAAUAUUGAACGUUUGAAAGGCAGUAUAAGGCUUUCGGCCCGUUGCGGACGGUUCUACAAAUUUUUUGGAUCGUCUUGCGUGAAUCUUAAGUCCUUGGAGCUUUCAGACACUUUUCUAAGUGCAAGAAAUACCUUUGAAAUGUUUGCCAAUACCAACAAGUUGGAGCGUGUAGAAUUGAGUAAUUGCGAGCUGACUGAUGAAAGUAUGGGAGCUCUCAGGAAUUUGAAAAAUCUGAAAUGGCUCAGCCUUGCUAAUAAUUUCCAACUCUCUGGCGGUUUACCAGAACUUCCAAUUAGCAUUGAGACUCUGAGCCUUUGCGAAUGUGGUAUAGGAUUACUGUCAGAUGAUUCAAUCACGAUAUGGAAGGCCUUGCCAAAGCUGAAGAAACUCAAUAUACAGCGCAUUCGGACGAUACAUACGUAUAUUUAUGAUUAUCUGAAUUCGGUAGAAACUUUGCGCUGCAGCAUUUAUGAACAAACGGAUUACAAGAAGAUAGCAAAGUUACCUAAUCUCAGGAGGAUUCAGAUAGCAGACAGUCCUCAUGAAAUUAUAUUUGGUAAGCUUCUCAAUCAGCUGGUCGCCAAAAAGGCCCGCCAAUUAGAAGAAUUAGAAAUUUGGGAUCCUAGAAAAAUUACCAAUGAGAUGCUCAUGCAAAUAGCAAAGUUAACCGGAUUGCGGAGACUUCAUUUUUGGCAGGCUCUGGACAUUAAUGAUGAUGUAUUGAAGGAAUUCACCAAGCUGAAAGAACUGGAGCACAUUUUCCUAAGGGAUUGUACCCAUGUCAGCGACUCUGGUGUGGGCCAUUUGAUCCUUGGCUGUCCGAAACUGCGAGAGGUAUAUCUGACUAGAUGCUCCAAGAUAACGGAAAACCUAAUCCACACCACUGUCGACAAUCAAGUUAACAACAGGCAAGACUCGUGCUUUGCCCAUCCAUUUUCAUGUGGGAUCCACGAAUAUCAGAGAGUCGAUCCAAACACAUCCGGACGUGGUAGGCAGUAAAGUAAUUACGAUUUUCUUCGAUGAGCCUAUUCAUGAUUAUCCAUUAUGAUUGGAUUUAAAUCCAAUAAAAUGGUAAAACACGGCAAUUUUUAGGGGGCCCAACACCGAAUUUUUUUAAAUAGUCGUGGCAUGGCAUGGUCCAUGCCCAAGUCAGCUAAAAGUGCUGUUUUGGUCAAGAUUUUGUAAAGGAUUUCCAAAAAUAUUAAUGUUAACACGUUUACGUUACCGUUAAAAUAUCUAUAAAUUUAAAGGAGCCAUUUUAUGGAUCAGCUAAAAGUAAAUAGUUUGAUAAUUUGAUUUUGCCACGAUUUGUUACCAAAUCAUACUAAAUAUUGAUUAACAGCUCAAAGUAUUUUGUUAAGUGUAUAACUUACGUUACGUCAUUUGUCAGAUGUUGCGUAAGUCUACAUCAAAACAGCUGACAGAGAAACGUGUAACUGUAAGAAAUAUUUUUGUUUUUGAAUCUAUUUAUUAUCAAUUAAAAGCAGUCGAAAUGAAUAAAAUUCCAGCACGCCA